AUGAUGUCAGGAUGGAAUAUUCAAGCAUCAGUAGCAGCCAAAUCGACUACAAAUCCAAUCAGAGCUAUUGUUGAUACGGGAAAGUAUAAACCAAACCCUGAAAAGGCUCUUAUUCCCCUUUCUAUUGGUGACCCAUGUGUAUUUGGUAAUCUCUCGGUUACACAAUACGUUAAUCAACAAUUAGUUAAUAGUAUCAACUCUGACAAGUAUAAUGGUUAUCCUCCUUCUAUUGGAUAUCCAUCAGCAAGAGCAGCAGUUGCUAAAUUUGUUCAAACCCCAUCAUCCCCAUUAUCAGCAGACGACAUUAUUCUUGCAUCAGGUGCAUCUGGAGCAAUUGAAAUUGCUUUGACUGCUCUUUUAAAUCAAGGUGACAAUGUUUUGGUUCCACAACCUGGUUUCUCUCUCUAUGAAUGUAUUUGCAAGAGUAAAGGUUUUGACCUUAAACAUUAUAAUCUAAUUCCAAGUAGAUCAUGGGAAAUUGAUAUUGAUCAUUUAAGAUCAUUAAUUGAUACCAAAACCAAAGCCAUUUUAAUUAAUAAUCCAUCAAAUCCAUGUGGUAGUGUUUAUUCAAAGGAACAUUUACAACAAAUAUUACAAGUCGCAGAAGAAUAUCAUUUACCAAUUAUUUCAGAUGAAAUUUAUGCUGGUAUGACUUGGGGAGGAGCAGAAUUUAUUCCAAUUGCAAGUUUGACUACUGUAGUACCAGUACUUUCGAUUGGUGGUAUUGCAAAGAGAUUUUUAGUUCCAGGAUGGAGAGUUGGUUGGAUUGCCAUUCACGAUAGAAACAAUGUAUUUGAUCAAAUUAGAAAGGCAAUCGUUUCACUUUCUCAACUCAUUUUGGGUCCAAAUUCAUUGAUUCAAUCCGUGUUGCCAGAGAUUUUAAAUACCGAAAACCCAGAAAUCGCCCGUUUCUUUAAUGAAACCAAUCAAACUCUUGAAAAACAUUCUCGUCUAACAGUUGAAUCACUCUCUAAAAUUGAUGGUCUUAACCCAAUUAGUUCAAGUGGUACAAUGUAUCAAAUGAUUGGAUUUGAUACAAGUAAAUUUAAUGGAAUUGAAGAUGAUGUAGUAUUUAUGGGUAAACUAUUAGAAGAAGAGAGUGUAUUUGUUUUACCAGGAACAGUAUUUGGAAUGAAAAACUAUUUCCGUAUUGUAUUUUGUGCUCCAAAUGAAAAGUUGCAAGAAGCCUAUACAAGAAUCGAAUCUUUCUGUAAUCGUCAUAGAAAGAAUUAA